AUGGAUACCAGCAAAUUGAAGCCAAACGACCCUCGGGUCAAGUACGAGACCAAGCAGGUCCGUGGCAAGACAUAUUCUUAUAUUCUUGGCGAGCCGCAAGGCCCCAAGGUCGACACAAUCUUUCUUAUUCAUGGCUGGCCGGAUAUGGCCUUUGGGUGGCGCUGCCAGAUCCCUUACUUGAUGUCGCUGGGCUUCCAGGUCGUGGCCCCCAACAUGGUUGGCUAUGCCGGCACCGAUGCCCCUCAAGACAUCAAGGAAUACUCAUUCCAGAGCGUUUGCGCAGACAUUGUUGCGCUGGCUCGCGAGUUUGUCGGCGAAAAGGGCCAGAUCGUUCUUGGUGGCCAUGAUUGGGGCGGUGCCAUCAUCUGGCGAGUCGCCUACUACUAUCCCGAGCUGAUCAAGGCCGUCUUCUCCGUCUGCACUCCUCUAAAUCCUAUAAACACAAAAAGAGUUCGCCUUGAGGACAUCAUCGCUGCGGGUGGCCUGCCCAAUUUCAAGUACCAGCUGCAGCUCGGGGGCCCGGACGUCCAGGCCCGCAUCCAAGGCAAAGACAUGCUCCGCAAGUUCUUCCUCGCUCUAUUCGGCGCUCGGGGCCCCAACGGCGAAACGGGCUUCAAUACGAGCGAAGGCGUCCUUUUCGAUAACCUGGAUAAGCUGAGGCCGCCUAUGCUGCUGGACGAGCAGGAGCUGGAGUACUACAUCGAGCAGUAUUCGCUGCAUGGGCCGCCGGAGAUGCGAGGCCCGCUGAACUGGUACCGAACGCGGGAGAUUAACUCGGAGCAGGAGGCCGAGUAUGCGAAGACUGGGCGUCCGAUGAAGUAUGAGAUGCCGGCGCUCUUCAUCUCGGCGAGCAGGGAUAGUGCUUUGCCGCCGUCCAUGUCCAAGGGCAUGGAUGCGUUUUAUACCGAUCUUACGAGGUCGGAGGUGAAUGCUUCGCAUUGGGCUUUGGUGGAGGCUGGGCAUGAGGUGAAUCGGCAAAUUGCACAGUGGUUGAAUAAAGCACUGGGUGGUGCACCUCGGUCUGUGCUUUAG